UGUACUUGCUCUCUUGUUAAAUAAGCUUUGAACCAUGGAAACGGAAGACGCUAAAGAUUUAUUUUAAUGUUGAUAACAAAAUUGCCACGGGUAAAAUUAAAAAUGAAUGCACCAACUCAUACAGUAUUAAAGCGUACACAUGCAUGGAUUUUACGUUCCGACGUGCAUGCUGUAAGAGAUUUUAUGCUUGGAAUUAUUAAAAGAGUUCCUAGCUUAGACAUUUUGCAUCAAACUGCCCGAAUUUUGUCAUCGCUAUUAAGCAAAGAUUAUAUUUACGCUCGGUCACAAUCUAACUCAAGUUGCAUUGAAAUGAAAGAGUUUGUUUCGUGUAAUAUGGGGAUGAUACAGCAAGAAGAAAUAUCUUCAAUAUACGAAUGGUUCACGAACAGCGACAACAUGAAGAAAAAACAUUUUAUUUUACAACUUGUUCGAAUGGUUGCUGAUCCAAGCAUACUAUAUGAUGUUUGUCAGCUGUGUCAAUCAAGAUGCUGUGAACUCAAAAGGCACGAAGAAAUUAUUUCUGAAGUAACAGGUUCAGGAGAUCACCAAACUUACAUACCAACAUCUAAUUCAGUUCAAUUCAGUCAUCUAAACUUUGUUGAAUCUUCUUUAACUGUUCCUGACGAUAAAUACGGAAGAUUAAGCAACAUCCCAUCAUCAACAUCAUCUUCUUGUUUUAUCAUACCUUGUGUUGAUUUUAUAUCAAAACUUCCUGUUCAUCUUGCUAAACAAAUUUUAAGUUGUUUAAAUUCUAAAGAUCUUUCUUCAUCAUCAUGUGUUUCGAACGCAUGGAACAAAUUAACUCAUGAAGUCAAACUUGAAAAUUAUAUUCUUCAUGAAAUGAAAGAAGAAUCUAUUCUUAUGCAGGGUGUUUCUGCAAAAGGUAUUCAGGCAAAUUUUGCAAAAAAACGAACACUAAUGCUGCCCGUUGUUUCGGAACAAGAUGAAACAUUUAUCAGUGAAGGUGACUUGACGACAAAGAAACUUGACUUUGAUUUCACCGACAUUGGGUUACCUUUAACACCUACAUUAGUUGAAGAGAGAAAUAUAUUUUGUGGAGCGUAUAAUGUUCUUGUGGUUAACCAUCAUUCAGAUCGUCAUAGAGUAAUAGAUUACGAUGGUGGUAACUCACUUAUAAUGGGAUCCAACGAUCGAACUGUGAAAAUUAUCGACAUUCGAUCUGGUCAGUUGUGUCAACCCCCUAUUCAAGGACACCCAGGUUACAUAACAACUGUUCAUAUGAAAAAGAACAAUUUCUACAGUGGUAGUUAUGACACAACAAUAAGAUGUUGGGGUGUUGGAUCAAGUGGUUGCAAACAAAUUCUGACCGGACAUCGGAAGUCAAUCGUUUCAAUCGAUUCGUGCGAAAAUAUUCUUGUGUCUGGUUCUAAAGAUGGUAGGCUGAAAGCAUGGGAUUUAUCAAGCGGAAAGUGUAAAUGCACAUUCAAACAUUCAGAACAAAGUAUUUUAACUUGUGUGAAGAUACUUGGAGACAUUGUGAUCAGUUCAUGCGACAGAGGGAAAGUUAAAGUGUGGGAUCUUUCUACAAGAAAACUGGUUAAGACCUUACGGCACCGAUGUGGAAUAAACAGUGUUUGUUGUGAUGCAUAUUACAUAAUAACAGCUGGUGAUGAUGGUUAUGCAUUAGCGUGGGUGAAACCAGGGAAGGUAAAGAAAUGUCUCAAAUCGUAUCGGCACCCUAGGAAAGUCUUGUGUGUGGCAUUGUCAUUCCAACGACUCAUCACUGGCUGUGAAGAUGGAAAAUUGAGAGUUAUUCAUCUACAAACAGGAGAAUGCAUGAGAGCUUUAAGAGGGAACAGUAAUUGUGAUCCGAUACUUUCAUUAUGUUGUUAUACUAACAAUCUAAUAGGCGGAGAUAGAAUUGUCGUGAACACAACAAGCAACAUUCUCCUGCUUCAAUUUGAACCAAUAUCAUGGAAUUAUGAAGCCCAAGAUAAUAAAGAGGACGAAAAAUUGUUUAAAGUAGAACGACAAGUCAGACCUCUAACAUGCACACAGUAUCCAUACACAAGAGCAUGCAGAAGCAGACUUUCUCUAUCAUCAGCCACCUCUAAAACUGCCCGUUCGACGUCUGGUAGUCGACCAAACACUGCUUGUUCUGCUACGUUCCAAAGUUCAUGGAAACGACCACAAAGCUGUUACACAGAACCAAGAUCAGUUCAUUCAAGGAUUUCGUCAAGAUGUCAGUCUUCCAUGAGUUGUACAUCAUCUGCAACCAACACUUCCAAAUACUGAUAAACAAUAAAUUGCCACUGUUAGACAAGUUAACUCACUUUCCCCAAACAUUUUCCUAUUCGUAAAUUUUCCUAUCCUUUUUGAUUUAUUUUAUAAAGAACUUUUGUGCCAAAUAUUUAAAAACAUACUGUGUGGAGAAAAAAUGUGCUCGAUUUCAUUUACUGUAAAGUUUUACUUGACUUUAGUUAACCUAAAUAAGUUACCUGUUGUGGAACCACUGCUUUGUUUUCCUAAACUUAAACUAAAUGUUUUAUUUUAUAAAUAAUUAUGAUAGUUAUUGUUUUAAGUUACCGCAGUAGAGUAAUGUUUUGAAACUAAAUUGUUUUGUUUCACUGAGUUUCAUUGUAUCACUGUGCCAUCAAUACAAACCAAAAGAAAAC